AUGAAAAACUCUCCUGUCUCCCCCUCCCUCCUCUUCGCAACGCCAGUCCGCUCCUCCACCAUGGCACCGAAGCGGAAACGUUUGUCAAGCGAAGAUGAAGACAUUGUAAAAAACGAUGACAAAGACGAACAAGUCCAUGAACAAAGACAUGUUGCCAAAGUCGCAAAAAGGGAGGCGAUACCAGACACCGCGUACGAUGCCGAUGACGAGGAUGAGUACAACACUGAAGAGAUAUCUCUGCCGAUCAUAAUACCCGAUCCCUACUUCUGGUAUAGGGAUGCGAUGGGGCUAAGCCAGUUCCAGGAAUACUGGUAUCCUGUAGUACCACCACAAGAAAAGCGAGAGAGCAAGGAAGAACUUUGGUAUGACAAAGCCUCUCCUUUUCUUCAGAAUUAUUGGGAUUCUGAGUAUCGGUUUCUUGCUGAGAGGCAAUGGAAGACGACUUAUGCAAUGCAUAAGACGGGUGAAGAGGAUGUGAAGAUUAGUGUUGGAAGACGGAAGAAGUAUAAGGCGGGAGAGGGCUGGGCAGUGGUAGAAAAGAACUUGAGUCUCGAAAUUAAGGAUAGAGGAUUGCCGGAUUUGGCAGAGGAAUAG